UGUCACACAUCUGGCAGGUUGAACCAGUGCAAAGCUGAAAGCCUGGGUGGAUAAAAUAAGAUCUCUACCAUGGUGAACAGUAGACGGAAUGGAUCCCGUGCUAAUGGAAAUGCUGGUCAAGGAGGGGUUCAAGCACAGCAACAGAAGCAACGCAAGCGGCAACCUGUUAAGGCUCUGAGGGAAGCAGCCAUCUUUGCUAAAGAAUCAGGCAGUGCCUCUGACACAUCACACGACAAAGUGACUUUAGCCCAGGCUCGCCGUGGCACUCCAGCCCAUCGGCCUGUACGAGUGUAUGCCGAUGGAAUCUUUGACCUCUUCCACUCCGGUCACGCACGGGCUUUGAUGCAGGCCAAGAAUUUGUUCCCAAACACACAACUGAUUGUUGGCGUUUGCAGUGAUGCCCUGACACACAAGUAUAAAGGCUACACGGUGAUGACAGAGGACGAGCGUUAUGAAGCCCUUAUACACUGUCGCUAUGUGGAUGAGGUCAUCCGUGAUGCUCCAUGGUCCCUUAGUCCUGAAUUCCUUAAGAAACAUUGGAUUGACUUUGUGGCACAUGAUGAUAUCCCAUAUACCUCUGCUGGAUCAGAAGACGUCUACAAACAUAUCAAAGAAGCAGGAAUGUUUGUGGCCACUCAAAGAACGGAAGGAAUUUCUACCUCUGACCUCAUCACACGCAUUGUUCGAGACUAUGAUGUUUAUGUCAGACGCAACCUGCAGAGAGGUUACACAGCACGGGAACUAAACGUUGGUUUCAUCAAUGAGAAGAAGUACCGUCUGCAGCAGCAAGUGGAUAAAAUGAAGGAGACCGUGAGGACGGUGGAGGAGAAGUCCAAACAUUUAGUGCACCGUGUUGAGGAAAAGAGCCAUGACCUCAUACUCAAAUGGGAGGAGAAAUCUCGCGAGUUCAUCGGAAACUUCCUUGAGCUGUUUGGUCCAGAUAAAGCCUGGCACAUGAUUCAGGAGCGAAGUGGGCGUGUUCUCCAGGCUCUGUCCCCCUACCAGACUCCAGGUACGUCUCCAAGCUCCAGCCCCACCAGAGAGCGCUCUACAUCACCCAUUUCUCACUGGCCUAUCCUCCACUUCCGCUCACAACCAACCAAUGAUGUCUCCGUCAGCAGCAGCGAGGGUGACGAGGACAAAAAGUAGAUGAAUGCUGUGUUUCACACACACUUGUUCUUGUUUACUGUACUCAUGCAAUAAAAUGCCUCAUAUUUGAGAUUUACAAUGGCAUGCUGCUCAAAGAUCCAAAUUGACUUAAUAAUUUUUCAACAAGCCAUGUAAAUUUCAAAAAGCCAUGAUUUGUAUUUACUGCCAGUUGUGGAAAACAAAAACAGAACUGAACACUUAAUAACUUGUCUGUCAACUUAACCCACUAAUUAAACAAACAAAAAACAAAAAUGAUGGUUUCUUUUUUUUUUUUUUUUUGGACAUUGUAUUGAGUAGUGCCAUAGUAUUCCAUGGUAAAUAAAUAUAGAAAUCAUUUAGAAACAUGGUUUUACUAUCAGAAUUCUUCUGCUGAAUUUAAAAACUAUUUUAUAAAUAAUAAAAUAAAAUACAAAAUCAUGCAAUAAACUGUACUUUAUGACCGUC